UCUCGCGACGCUCCUUCGGAUGAGGAAAUGCGUGAUUGUGAUUCGAUCGAUGGUGAUCAUCAUCAUGUAAUUCGUGCAACACGUUUAAAUGUCGCAUCUUUGAAACGUAACCACAGUCACAGCAACAGCAACAACAACAACAAAAAUACUAAUAAUAAUAAUAACAAUAACAAUAUUGGCGGUGGUGAUAUGAGUUUUGGUGGCAACGCCGGCAGUGCAAGUAUCGGUGUUGGCAGUGGUAUGGGUGUGCGUAGUCCCGAUCGUCACGCUGAUCUUCAAAUGAGUCAUCAUCAUCAGUUUCCUUCGAAUCAUCCGCUAAAUGCGCUCGGUAAUUUCAUGGGCAUUGGCGGUCUACAUGGCAUUCCAAAUCUACAACACAAUGAUGUGUUAGAGAAGCUAAAGAUGCAAGUUCGUGAUAUGAAAGUGGGUCUAAUGGUAAGUGUUCGAGUAAACUAA